AUGUCGGAUCCACAAAAGAUCGCCAUUGAACCAAUGGCUCAGCAACUCCUUGUCCAGAAACCUGGGGAGGACUGGACCGGGGUCACUAGCACUGCACAACGACGAAAGCUGCAGAACCGGCUGAACAAGAGGUCACAAUAUCUCAGAAAGCGUCAGCAACAGGAACAAAACCGACUUGCUUCCAACAUCGUUGGUCAAGCUGGACUACCCGCCGAAUCGAUGCCAUCAAUAGCACUUGCUCUGCAAGGCCCACCAGAUGCCAUGUUUGAAGUCAUCCGUCGAACAUGCGAAGUUUAUGAGAGACCUGAUAAGAGCGAAAGAGUAUUCGCUGUCGCGUGCAAGACCUAUAUGGACUAUACCAUGAACGCUCCUCGGAUAUCGCAACUUCCACUUCUCAUUAGUCUCAACGUUACUAUAGCGGUUGCCAAUAACGCUACAGUACUGGGAUUCGAUCGGGCGCUUAUGUGCAUCGAUGAAGCUAUAUCGCCUUUCAACAUCAAUGGGCCUUUUAAUGCAGAUUAUAAUCCUCCAAAGGCACUCGAGCCUACAGAGGUGCAGAAGGCGGUGUUGCAUCACCCAUGGCUCGACAUCUUUCCUUUUCCUAAGUUCAGAGAUAAUGUGAUCCUAGCGGCGGAUGCUGAGUUACUGGACGAUGGUGAGCUGUGUGAGGAUAUAUCGGAGAUCAACUGGGAAAACGUUGAGAAGCCAAGUUUGAUCGUAUGGGGAGACUCGUCUGUGCCGAAUUCCUGGGAGGCGUCGCCUUGGUUUCUGAGGAAAUGGGGCGAGGACCCCAUCCUCCUUCCAGGAGAUGAGGACGCAACCACCAUAUGGAUUCACAAUGACAAUGCUGCCGAAAAGUUUCCAGGCACCAUCGGCCACUACUCAGGCCUCGCAUUUAAGGAGUUUGUUAUAUACGGGGAGGAUGAUACAUCUGAUGCUGGCGCCGACGAACCCAACGCUCUUGUCCCCGGAGACCACGUGGAUGAAUAG